AUGUCUUUCUCAACGACACGGCGUAUUGUGACCGGUCAUGAUAUUCACGGAAAGGCCAUAUUCACGAGCGACAAGGUCCUGACCCCAGCCAACCCGCUCGACCCCGCAGGCAGUCCACCCACAGGGAUUAUUCCCGGCUUCACAAAUCUAUACAAAACCGAUGGGAUUCCGGCCAAAGCCCAGACCCCAUUCGUCGACGUGCACGGCAAGAAGAUCGGCCUUGUCGACCCGUCCGGCGUAUACUGUCGCAUCGUAGAUUUUCCCGCCGUGGGAAAUUCCGAGGACAAUGUCAACAUCAUGCAUCGAACGCAAAGCGUCGAUCUCGGGGUGGUGCUCAAGGGAAGCAUCAAGCUGAUUCUGGAUGACGGGCUUGAGACGAUCAUGGGUGAAGGGGACGUCGUCGUGCAAAGGGCGACCAUACACGCUUGGAAGAAUGCGAGUACGGAGAAUUGCCGGGUUCUCUUUGUGCUGGUCCCUGCGGAGCCUGUUCUCGAUGAAACCACAGGCGAAGUUCUACGGCCGUCGCCUACGCCACAUCUUGUAGAUUGA